CUAAAAACAUAAAUAAGAAUCGUCAUUCUUUUUCUCGUGGGAAGAAUUCUUCAUUCUCUUUUAAGGAACUUACACUCGCGAACCCUAGUUCGAAUGUUGGGUACAAAAUCCGGUUUCCCUCCCUCCUCCCCCGCAGCCGCUGCCGCAGAACCGAACCCCAAGCGGAGGAGAGAAGGCGAGGCGGAGGCAGACAUGAGGGAGGAGGCGGUGGAGCGGCUGCGCGGGGUGGUGCGGGACAGCGUCGGGAAGCACCUCUACACGUCCGCCAUCUUCCUCGCCGACAAGGUGGCCGCGGCCACGGGCGACCCCGCCGACGUGUACAUGCUCGCGCAGGCGCUCUUCCUCGGCCGCCACUUCCGCCGCGCGCUCCACGUGCUCAACAACUCCCGCCUCCUCCGCGACCUACGGUUCCGGUACCUCGCCGCCAAGUGCCUUGAGGAGUUGAAAGAAUGGCAUCAGUGUUUGAUCAUGCUUGGGGAUGCCAAAGUUGAUGAGCACGGUAAUGUUGUUGAUCAAGAUGAUGGCAGUGACAUCUAUUUUGAUAAGGAUGCCGAAGAUCACGAGAUCAAUAUAAAGUCAGCUAUUUGUUUCCUACGUGGCAAGGCGUACGAAGCAUUGCAUAAUCGGGAUCUUGCCCGGCAAUGGUACAAGGCAGCAGUUAAAGUUGAUCCGUUGUGUUAUGAGGCCCUCGAAUGCCUUGUUGAUAAUUACAUGUUAACAUGUGAGGAAGAAUCUGAGUUGUUGUCCUCUCUGAAAUUUGGGAAAGAAGAUGGGUGGCUAUCAGCAUUCUACUCAUGUUUGAUUAGGAAGCACGAAAAAGAAUAUGUAGUGGAAGCAAAAUUCAAGGAACUUGAACGAGAAUCUUGCAGCAUAUCUUCUUCAAGUUCUGGCCAAAUGAUGAAAAACAACAUUGAUGUUUUGGCUUGCAAAGCUGAAUACUACCAUCAGAGUGGAGAAUACCAAAAAUGUUUUGAGCUCACAUCUGUGUUACUUGAGAGAGAUCCUUUUCAUUUGAAAUGCACGUUAGUGCAUUUGGCUGCUACAAUGGAGCUUGGUCAUUCCAAUGAUCUUUAUCUUUUGUCAUGCAAUUUAGUGAAGGACUAUCCUCAAAAAGCUCUUUCCUGGUUUGCUGUCGGCUGCUAUUAUUACUGUAUUAUGAAGUAUGAUCAAGCGAGGAGAUACUUUGGCAAAGCCACAGGGUUAGAAGGGACAUUUCCUCCUGCUUGGAUUGGUACUGGUAUUGCUUAUGCUGCUCAAGAGGAAGGUGACCAGGCCAUGGCUGCAUUUAGGACAGCAGCUCGACUAUUUCCUGGAUGUCAUCUCCCAACUUUAUACAUGGGUAUGCAAUAUGUGCGAAUGCAUAAUUUCAAACUUGCAGAGCAGUUCUUCAUGCAAGCGAAAUCCAUCUGCCCAUCUGAUCCACUUAUAUUUAAUGAGUUGGGGGUUGUAGCUUAUAAUAUGAAAGAGUAUCAAAAUGCAGUUCAGUGGUUUGAGUUAACACUGGAUCAUACCUCAUCCUCCCUGAAUGAAAUGUGGGAACCAACAUUGGUGAAUCUUGGACACGCACUGCGGAAACUGAAGAAAUAUGAAAAGGCAAUAUCAUAUUAUGAAAAAGCGCUCACCUUUCCAAUAAAAAGUCUGAGUGCGUUUUCUGGUCUUGCCUAUUGUUACCAGCUUAUGGAUAAUUUUGAGGCCGCUAUAACUUACUACCACAAGGCGCUCUGGUUGAAACCAGAUGACCAGUUCUGCACAGACAUGCUAACAUUAGCUCUUGAGACCAGUUGCCAAAGCACUGCUCGGAGAAAAUAGUUCAGGCUUAAUAGUUGUUUGCAAAUUGCGAUGGGUGCUCUUGAGGCCGGUUGCCAAAGCACUGCUUGGAGAAAAUAGUUUAGGCUUACUAGUUGUUUGCAGAUUGCGAUGGGUGCUGUUGUCCUAACAUCAAAUCCAUUCAUUUGUAGCCAAUUGUUGUAAAGUUGUUAAUGUGCAAUAUGUAAUUGCUCGAAUUCAUUUGUAGCCACCCAGACUAAUUCAGGCUUUCUGCUGUACUGUUUUAUUGAGAUUUUGCUGUCUUUUACUAAUGUAAAUACCGCCAUUUAUUUUCGUCAACAGUAGUAAUGUCCAUUCCUAUUC